AUCUGUCCAAUAGAACCAAACUAUUAGUAUUAUUUAACUCCACCCAUUUUCUAGAAAUAUGUCCUCAUAAAUGCAUCGACAUAAAAGCUAACCCAAAUCCUUCCAUUUUAUAUAAUGUUUUUCUUUUCUGUAAACAACUAAACAUGCAAUCCUCAACUUUUGAAUUAUUUUCCUUUACUCUUCAUGAUGAUUCCUAGCUCACUCAUCCUCCAAAAGCUAAACAGUCACCUUAUUUUCUUUUAACCAUAUAAAUACCCCUUUACAAUACAAGCAUUCAUCUACCAAAAUUUACAAGAGCUUUUCAAUACUUCUCACAACUCACAAGCUAGUUCAAAACACCAUCCUCAAAGGCAAGAAACAUCAAACAAAAAUGAAGACCUCAUUUCUUCAUGAGCUACUUCAUGGAAUUUCCAUCUCCUCAACUUAUCCGUCAAAGAGAUACUUGCUUGAUUCUUCUGGCAUAUACAACAAAUCCAUCACAAACUCAAAGCAAGGGAAAUUCAAUUAUGUUCUAACAAAGAUAAACAUAUUUGGAAGAAAGGGGGACGGUUUUGCACAUGACGUCGGAGAGCAUGUGAGACUUGGACCAAAGAUAACAGAUACAGUAAAAGGGAAAUUAAGGUUAGGAGCAAGAAUUCUUCAGGUUGGUGGAGUAGAGAAAGUGUUUAAGCAACUUUUUAGUGUUAAAGAUGAAGAGAAGCUAUUGAAAGCAUCGCAUUGCUACUUAUCAACCACAUCAGGUCCUAUAGCUGGCCUUCUCUUCAUAUCCACUCACAAAGUUGCGUUUUGUAGUGACAAAUCCAUCAAGACCACUUCUCCCAAAGGAGAUAUAAUUAGAGUCCAAUAUAAGGUCUGUAUUCCACAUGAAAAGAUAGAGCAUGUCAACCAAAGUCAAAAUGUGAUGAAACCUUCCGAAAAGUAUAUAGAAAUAGUCACUGUGGAUGGUUUUGACUUCUGGUUUAUGGGUUUCUUUAAUUACCGGAAAGCACUAAGAUAUCUCCAGCAGGCCAUUUCUGGAUCUCAGAGGGAAAGUGUGUAGAAAUGAAGUGAAUUUGUUAAUACUUGUGCUUCAUCAAUUGCUCUUUGAAGUUGCAGAGGUUUCAAAAGUGUACAAAUAUUCUACAUGAUUUUGUUAAUAGAAAAAGAUAUCUGUUUAUUAAACUUUUGGCUCCAUGUUCUAACAGGCAAAGUUGGUACACUCAAUUGUUAAUACUUUGGGUUAAAUCUUCAACUACAUUCAAUAUCAUCUGUUAGUUACUUUUGUA